AUGAAGAAGGAAGAAAUGGAAGAAAACUUGGGAUAUGACUAUUUGUUCAAAAAGAUGCCUCAAUUCAGCCCGCUUCAAUUCAUGUGGACGACGAUGGCCGCCUAUUGCUGGUUCACUUCCGGUUUCUUCCAGGUUGGAAGCACUUUUACUCAGUAUACGCCUGAGCACCGGUGCGAGACCGAAAUUGACAGGAGAUUCAAAAAUGACACUGGUCAUCAUAGAAUAUCUUAUGAAGACGGGCUGUUUUUUACAAAAGGAUUGGAUAACCCAAGCUGUCAAAUGUAUAAUCUUGAUUGGCCAUCAAUAUGUCCGAUGACAGACGAGACUGAAGCUCUCGCUUGCGCUAGAAAUUUCAUCAAGUUCGCAAAUCUAUCAGAGAGCAAAAUUGUCUCCUGUUCAAAAAACGUCUUCGAGAAGAAAUCAUCUCCUGGCUUUACAAACACCGUUGCGACAGAAUUCAACAUCGUCUGCGACCGCGCUCAUAUAAACAGUAAACUGACUGGUGCCUUUAUGGCAGGAAUGUUUGCCGGCGUUUUUAUCGGCGGAAUCAUCAUGGAUCGCCUUGGACGAAAAUUGGCGUGUCUAAUGGGCCAGAUUGGAAGCGUCGUCGUGAAUUUAGCGAUCGCAUUUUCAAGUGGAAUCUGGAUGUACGCGGGACUGAGAUUUUUAGCUGCGUUCUUUUCGAUGUUACAAGCGACUAGUUGUUUUGUUUACUGCGUCGAAAUGACAGGGCCAAAAUAUCGAACUUGGGUUGGAAAUUGGGCGGCUGUUAUGUUCACUUUUGGAUUUAUGUGCAUCACUCCUAUCGGAAUGAUUUUCAAGGAUUGGCGCGAAAUGCAGAUUGCCUUUUCUCUAUCACCGAUUCCAUUCAUCACAAUUUUCUUUUGGCUGCUUCCAAAUUCCGCGGCAUGGCUCUACUCAAUCGGAAAAUUUAAAGAAGCACGAAAGACGAUCUAUCAAAUUUCUUACAAUGUCAAUGCGCAAGGAAUCGAUGAUGAAUUCCUGGAAAAGCUGGAGGUUGAGAUCAAGAACUGUCAGAAAUCGGCGAAUGUUGGUCAAAAAUACACGCAAGUUGAUUUGCUCAAGACAUCCGGGAUGAGAAGAACGACGCUGACGAUUUGCUUGUUCUGGUUUUGCCUGGUCGCUCUAUAUUACGGGCUCACUUUUGGCGUCCAAGAUCUCGGAGGAAACAUUCUCUACACAAAUUUAAUGUAUGGUGUCGCUGAAUCUCUCGGCUUUGGAUGCGUUUCUUUCAUCAUCGACAAGCCCUGGCUCGGAAGAAGACUUGGAAAUAUUUGGAUCGUAUCCUUUGCCACAGCUGGUUGCUUCCUUGCUCUGGUUGGCGACCUCGUUGGAUUGAAAAUGAUGAAGAUUGCUUCCGCUUUUGCUGGAAAACUCGGCGCUUCGGCUAGCUUUGGCGUCGCGUACAUUUACGCUUCUGAGCUUUUCCCGACUCCGAUGAGAGGCAUCGGUGUGGGGACUGCUUCUGCUUGUGGAAGAAUUGGCGGUGUUCUUUCUCCUUUCAUCGCUGAUUUGAGUCGGACGGCUUCAUAUUUGCCUUUUGCCGUGUUUUCUGUUUUUGGGCUGGUUUUGAUUGCAUCGACAUAUUUCUUGCCAGAAACGCUGGCGAUGCCGAUGAUGAUUUCAAAGGAUCAAGCUGAGGAAUUUUACGAACAAGCUUAUGGAAAGAAAAAAGAUCGAAGAAAUGACGAAGAAAUUUCUUUGAAAAUCUAG